CCCAGGUGUAAAGCUUACCACUUCCCCCUUUUCGUGAGAAGUCAAGCAGCACCUGUCGGGAGUCAUUCGGGUCAACAUCAUGCCUACGCAUCCGGACUCCCACUUCCAGACAUCGGGCGCGUCAACCUCCGCGAGUCCCGUCGUGUCCCCGGCCCUGACGGCGAGAAACUCGUUGACGAGCACGCUUCAUGAUGCCUCUGAAAUACACUUUUCUCCCCGUUUGGAGCAAGAGAUUACGCGCGACGAGCUGAGGAUUGAGAAGUACGGCGGCGAUGACCCGCACGAGCCUCCGCCGAAGACGCCCCACCAACUGCCGCCUCCCUCAGACCCAGAAGACACACUCGACCCCGACUUGGUCACCUGGGAUGGCCCGGACGACCCUGCGAACCCCCAGAACUGGUCGCGUCGAUACCGGUGGAUGCUUACCCUGCUAUGCGCUCUGUUGACGGUGAAUGUGACAUUCGCAUCCUCGGCACCGACCUCUGUGGUCUUCUUUGUUUCUGAGGAGUUCGGCGUUUCGCUUGAACUGUGUUACAUGAUCACAACCACGUUCCUACUAGGGUACGUGGUUGGACCUUUGGUAUGGGGUCCAGGCUCUGAGCUGGUUGGUCGGCGGCUCAUCUUCGUCCUCACGCUCUCCGCAUACACCCUACUGCACCUCGGACAGGCCCUUGCAAAGGAUAUGACUACGCUCCUCGUCACCCGCUUCUUCGCCGGAUUUUUCGCUGUCUCCCCGCUCACCAACGCGGGCGGAGUCAUUGUCGACCUCUGGGACCCCGUUUCCCGUGGCGCCGCCACGUCGCUCUUCACCGUUUGCGUCUUCCUCGGUCCCGUCAUGGGUCCCAUCGUCGGUGGCUAUGUUUCCCAGAGCCACCUCGGCUGGCGCUGGGUGUUUUGGGUGAUGAUGAUCUUUGCUGGUGCUUGCUCGUUGCUCGCAUUCGUCGCGUUGCCGGAGACGUACCCUCCCGUUCUGUUGGCGAGAAAGGCGAAGCGCCUUCGCAAGGCGGACCCCGUUACCAACAAGAACUUGUACGCGGAGCUUGAUAGGCAGGAUUGGUCCAUCGUGGGUGUCCUGCGUCGCACCCUGCUGCGGCCCUUCCACAUGUUGGCGCUGGAGCCGAUCCUGGUCCUGGUCACCAUUUACCUGUCCAUCGUCUACGGUUUGCUCUAUGCCCUGUUUGAGGCACUCCCCGUCAUCUUCGAAGUGAAGCGCGGCUUCAGUACGGCCCAAGUCGGCCUUGUGUUCAUCGGCGUCGGCAUCGGUACCACAAUCGGCUGCGUGGUCAACUAUUUCGCCUCUGUCCACUACCCGCAGCUGAUGAAGACGUGGCGCGGCUUCCCGCCGCCGGAGAACAGGCUCUUCGGCGCCAUGAUCGCGGGCCCUUGCCUCGUCAUCGGCUGCUUCUGGCUGGGUUGGACCGGAGCGUACCCCUCCAUCCCGUGGUAUGUUCCCGCGCUGGCCACCAUCAUGAUUGGCCUCAGCGUCAGUCUUGUCUUUAUGAGCUUCUUGAGCUACCUCAUCGACACGUACCUCAUGUACUCCGCGUCCGCGAUGGCCGCCAACACCUUUAUUCGGUCGGCCGUCGCCGCCGCCUUCCCGCUCUUCACCGUUCAAUUCUUCGAAAAGCUCGGCAUUAACUGGGCAUGCACGCUGCUCGGUCUCGUCAGUUUGCUGCUCGCCCCGAGUCCCUUCCUCUUCUACAAGUACGGCGCCCGCAUUCGGGCCAGUAGCAAGUUCGCGCCCUGCGUCGACCUUCGCAUAGCGAAGGAGCUAGAGCUCGAGGCGCUCGCCGCGAAGCAGAAAAGCGAAGCCAUCGAGAAGGUUUAGAGAUAUAUUAAGAGCACGCAUAUAUGCGCCCUAUAUAUUUUCAGACGGGCACACAUCAUCAACAUCUGUUCGCAUUUUAUUGAUGAUCUUGGCAUAUGUCGUUAUACAACUUCCCGGACAAUCUCACCCGUCAUUAAUUACACUGCAUAACGCAGUAGACUGGCUAUAUCAAUCACACAAUUCAAUAGACUUUGAUGAAAC